AUGGCCUCCCUUCAGUUGAACCCUGCCCCCUCACCUUGGGGCUGCCAGAAAAAGCUACCUACUACCAAACUAGAACGUUAUUAUCUCGACGAUACUGAUAUGACUCAACACUACUCGAUCUGCGACCUUAAACUUCUUACCUCCCACAAAAACACAGCUGUUUACAAGGGAACACUAACGCUGCCCGAUAAAGCAGGCGCCGUGAGUGUAGUGGUCAAGACAGACUUCUUCGCCGAAUCUCCUCGACCCAGCGCCUUCGAGCAUGAGGCCGACAUGUACGAGCUUCAUCUAUGGGACCUUCAAGACAAAGCAAUACCGCACUGUUAUGGUCUCUUCCAGUAUGGCGGAGAGGAUGGCAAAGUCUCCUCUUUCCUUGUCCUCGGUGACUGUGGUACGCCAAUAGAGGAUCCCCGUAAUUUCACAGACUCAUACAAAUCAAAAGUUAUCGAUGCCGUGUAUUUCAUUCACUUCGCAGGUUUCACGCACGGAGACCUUUCUUACCACAAUAUCCUGAACAAAGACGGUUGCCCUUUCAUCAUCGACUUCGAAACGGCUAAGCCACACGUAUGUGGAAUGAAAGAAAAGGUAUUCAUUGUGCGGGCUUGGGCAGAUGUGGAUGUCAAGUUGGAGGGUGUCUACACGUUCCUGAGAAUGGACCUUCGCCGCGGAAACAUAGAUUAUCUGCUAUCCCGCCUCGCCCAUUACACUGACAACGCCAGCGUAUAUCGCCCGUACGUGGAAGAGUUGGUAGAGCAAGUUGAAGCUGAACGAGAGCACUAUCGCAACAUGCCCCAAGAAAGGCGCCUCAUUGUGCCCGAGUAA